UCAAGUUUUUAUUUAGUUUUGAGUUUGUAUUUUAGCAACUUUUUGUAACGGUUUUAGUCGUUUAAGUCAUUUCUGAUUUCGAAAAUAUAAAGUUGCAACUGGUUGCGACAGCAAAAAUGCAAGAGGAUAAUCUGGAUGGCGAAAAAUACGGUGAGCAAUACGUAGCGAGGCUGAAGAAUAGAUUUGAGCAGCUGCUUGAACAGAACAACCAGAAGAUCCAUGAACUCCAGAGAGAAUUAUCAAGGGCCACAGCCGUGGAAAGGGAUUACAUCCAGGAGAUUGAGAUACUGCAAAAUGCAGACAAGACAGAGUGCAAGAAGCUGUUGGAAAGGAUCCAAGGGUUGGAGGAGACAUGUCAUGCAUUGAGGGAGAACAGAAAAGAGGACUUGGCAAUGCUUGAAGCAGAGUUUAACACAAAGUGCGAGGAGAACAGAUUGUUGAUAGAGAAGACUGAGAAUUUACAGAGGCUGGCAGAUAAUGGGAAUGUCACAGAGGAGACAGAAAAGGUCAUAGCUGAGAAUGGUAUUCUCAGGGAUAGAAUUGAAUUUUUGGAAAAGAAUGCUGCAAAUCUGAGGGAAACACUAGAAGAAUUGCAUUCUCAGAACAACUAUAUGGAAUUGGAGCUGAAGAGCAAGAUUGAGGAAGUGGCAGAUUUAAACGAAAAUUAUGCAGUAAAAAGUCAGGAAUUGAGAAGCACCAAUGAAAUUGUUGAGACUUUGCAGGAAGAGAUGGCAGUCAUGAAGAGUGAAUUAGAUUUAUUGAAAAACAAGUCUGUGGAUCAUGUUGUUCAAGGAAAUUCUUUGUUUGCUGAAGUGAAUGACAGGAGAGUUCAAUUGCAGCAGAAUAUGACCAUAAUGAAGGAGCAUUAUGUGGAGAUGAAGAGGGAGCGCGCCAAUUUGUUGAACCAGAUUAACACUUUGCAAAAGGAUAAUUUGGUUUUAGCGCAUCGUAUGGAACAGGAUGUUGUUGAAAUGGAAAAGCUGUACUGUCUGGAGGUUGGGAUCACAAAACUAAGAAUUAAAACACUGGAAGAGCUAAUUGAACAAUACAAAGAAAAGGUUGACAAGAAGCAAGUGGAGUUGGCUAAGAUCACGACCGCCCAGCAAAUGGACGAUUUCUUCAACGGCAUCGUUAAAUCCAAGGACGAGGAGAUUGAAAGUUUGAUGAAGAAAUUAGAUAUCGAAUCGAUGUCACAAAUGACCCUUUUCAACAAUCUGAAGACGUGCAAGAGGGAACUGGGCACUAGCAAAUUGGCUGUGCAGCAGUCUCUCAAUGAAAAUACGAAGCUCCGAACCGAAAUGGAUCUAAUGAGGUUAAAUGAUCCAGAACUGAGGAAACCUUGCCAGGAGUGCGCCAAAAGGAAGUACAGAUUCGCAUUACCACAGGCUAAAUUGAGCAGCAGCAGACAGAAGGAGCAACCUGAAAUUAAGCAGAAUAAAGUGUACCUCAAUACAUUCCUCAAAAAUACAAAGAACAAGGAAGCGGAGCUUAUAAAAAGGGAUGACGAUUCGCCACCGAAUGUGAAACAUAUUGCAGUCCAGAAUGAAGCUGAGCUGGAUGUAUCGGCAAGUGUGACGAAGAACAGCGACAUUGAUGCUACGGUCGAGCCGGAAAACAAGGAGAACGAUUUGCCAUCGAAUGAGAGAGGUCAUGGAGCAGUUAGGAAAGGCGUUAGAUUCACCGAUGAUACAGUCGAUCCCAAAACUGACAAGAAAUUUUACAGACCCCGUGGGAAGAUCCUAACUUGCCCUGUUACAUACAUCACUUGCAAGAAAAAAGAGUGAUUUUCCUUUUAAAUUUUA